GACACGUCGCCCCGCGCCUUGCUCGUCCGCCAACUCGUCUUUUCUAACCUACUCCCAUCUCGCCAUGUCUGCUCGUAUUUCUCUCGCCCGCCCGGCGCAGGCUACCGGUGGCUACACUCCUGACCCUCAUGGCUUUGGCAACUCACGACCCUCGAACGGCUACAGAGCCGCAAAUCCUGACGACCCACUCGAGAAGCUACGCGCAUUCGCUCAGACGGCGGAGGAGAACAUCGACAUCUACGCGCAGCCUCUGAAGCCCCAUCUGCCGGCGAUAGGCCGGUUUCUGAUUGUCAUCACCUUCUUGGAGGACUCCCUACGAAUCAUAACACAAUGGGGUGACCAGCUGUGGUACUUGCAGAAACACCGUCAUUUCAUCUGGGGCUUCUCACAUCUCUUCCUGUUGAUUAAUGUGGUCACGAUGCUUGUCGGGUCAGGUGCUAUCAUCGUGAAGAAGCACUCUGAGUAUGCUGUUGGCGGUCUUCUCGGGGUCGUAGUCAUGCAGGCGUUCGGAUACGGGCUCAUUUUCGACCUCAACUUCUUCCUCCGCAACCUGAGCGUGAUCGGUGGUCUGCUCAUGGUCUUCACGGACUCGAUGUACACGCGCAAGAAGAUCUUCGCCGGCCUCCCGUCCAUUAGCGAGACCGACCGCAAGAAAUACUUCCUGCUCGCCGCUCGUGUGCUACUCAUAUUCCUGUUCCUCGGCUUCAUCAUCCGGGGACAGUGGAGCAUUGGUCGUGCGAUCGUAUCCCUCGUCGGGCUGGGAGCAUGCAUCAUGGUCGCGGUGGGUUUCAAGGCCAAGUGGUCCGCUGCUUUCCUCGUGAUUAUUCUGUCCGUCUUCAACGUGUUCAUCAACUCCUGGUGGAGCGUCCACUCCGCUCAUCCCCAGAGGGACUUCCUAAAAUACGACUUCUUCCAAACACUAUCGAUCGUCGGUGGCCUGAUCCUUCUGGUCAAUAUGGGCCCGGGUGGUCUAUCCGUCGAUGAGAAGAAAAAGACGUACUAGAUUCUGCCCGCGUGGUAUGGUCCAGUGCGCACACGAUAUGGGAAGGAAGGAGCGUCCCUUAGCAGGGUGCAGGUCGAGGCCGGCGGACGGAUGGUAAUACUGGAUUGGAGCGGUCUCACGGUGUAUAUGCAACGACCGAAAACCUGGCUUUCACGGAUCCCUUUACUCUUUACCAUUAAUUUAUUCGAUGAUGACAUGGCAGCUAUCUGAGGGAUACAGAUCAUAGCAUAAGUACAUUGUUGCGACUUAAUCUGGCCGAUUCAGAAGUCUGGAUCAUUGCACUGACUCGAUACUAUGAGUCGAUACUGACCGAUGAAAGCCAAAUGAAAGCAACAAAAAUAUUCCGACACGGGGAAUUGAACCCCGGGCUAUCGCGUGAGAGGCGAUAAUGUUAGCC